AUAAAUCAAAUCUUCAGUUACAUUUCUUGUUCAAUUCCCCAAAACAGAAAAAAAACUAUGAAUCAAAAAGGUCUGUUACUCAUUUUCUUGUUCCUGUUUUGUUUCUCUUGUUGCCCAUCUAACGCCCGCUUCAUUACCGGCCGUGCAUCCCCAACCGAUCUCGUUUCGGAUGGAAUCUCCACCGUUGAAAACCCACCUUACCUUCUCCUCGAGCCGCUUGUUUCGGCGGAGGAAUCGUGUGAACAGACGUAUGGGUUCUUGCCCUGCACCACCACGGUUUUUGGGAACUUGUUUUUGAUUAUUGUUUAUGGAUACCUUAUGUAUUUAGCAGCUACAUACUUGUCCAAUGGAAGUGAGCUUUUGCUUGAGAUCCUCGGUCCCGGGAUUGUCGGAGGAUUGUUCUUGCCUAUACUGGGAGCUCUUCCCGAUGCAAUGCUUAUUCUUGUAUCUGGACUUUCUGGAACUGCCGAAACUGCUCAAAGUCAGGUCUCCGUAGGAAUGGGGUUGCUAGCUGGGUCAACUGUCAUGCUUCUCACAGUGAUAUGGGGAUCCUGUGUUGUUGUUGGCAGGUGUGAUCUUCGUGAUUCAGUUGCAGUUGAUGGAACAAAUACAAAAGGAUUUAACCCAACAGAGACUGGUGUCAGUACUGAUAUUUGGACUUGCUAUGCUGCAAGGAUAAUGGCUAUAUCGGUUGUCCCAUUUCUUAUUGUUCAACUACCCCAAGCUCUCAAUUCAACUUCCGGAAGACACUUAGCAGUUUUGAUUGCACUUAUCAUAUCACUCUCAAUGUUGGUUUCUUAUUGCGUUUAUCAGGUCUUUCAGCCUUGGAUCCAGAGAAGACGAAUUGCUUUUGUGAAGCACAAACAUGUCAUAGCAGGAAUCUUAAAACACUUGAGAAAGCAUGCUUUAGGAAAGCUUCUUACUGAUGAUGGUGAACCUAAUACAGAGAUUAUAAUAAAGUUGUUUGAGACAAUUGAUGAGAAUCAUGAUGGUGCUCUUUCACUUUCUGAACUGAAAGCAUUGAUUAUAGGAAUACGUUUUGAAGAGAUAGACUUGGAUAAGGAUGAUGCUGUGAAAAAAGUAAUGGCAGAUUUUGAUACCUCCCGUGACUCUUUUGUUCAAGAGGAUGAGUUUGUAAAAGGAAUCACAAAGUGGAUUAACGAGGCAAAGCAAACUGGGGGUGCUUAUCUUGAAUCUAAUUCAGGAACGUUUAAGAUUCUUGAUCGAUUUCACCAGCAAACCAAGAGAGAACAUGAUUUGUUGGGGUCGGAGGAACAAAGUGAUGAGGUUGUUGAGGGUGUUGUAAACCCUAGGUGGAUCUCCUUCAAAGCAGUACUAAUGUUACUGCUAGGUACCAUUAUUGCAGCUGCAUUUGCAGAUCCACUGGUAGAUGCUGUUGAUAAUUUUUCUGAUGCCACAAGUAUUCCAUCUUUCUUCAUCUCAUUUAUUGCAUUGCCAUUGGCUACCAACUCUAGUGAAGCUGUAUCAGCUAUUAUCUUUUCUAGCCGCAAAAAGCAGAGGACUGCAUCGUUAACAUUUUCUGAGCUUUAUGGAGCAGUAACCAUGAAUAACGUCCUCUGCCUGUCAGUUUUCCUGGCACUUGUUUACAUCAGGGGAUUGACAUGGGAUUUCUCAUCUGAAGUGUUGGUUAUUCUUAUUGUUUGCAUCGUGAUGGGUGCCUUUGCCAGUUUCCGCACUACUUUCCCCCUUUGGACAUGCUGGGUUGCUUACAUUCUUUAUCCAUUUUCUUUGGCGCUCGUUUAUGUUCUUGAUUAUGUCUUUGGUUGGUCUUAGGUUCAUGAAUGUGAUCUAGUGUAGGAGAUAAGCAGUUUGUUCUGAGCUUCAUGGUUUUCCCUAUUUAUAAACUACCGAGACUCUUUCCCUUUGACAUUGCCUUUCAGAGAGACUAUUUUGGAUUAUUGUUUUGGUUACCUGGUGAUGUAUUUGUUUUUCGGAGCAAUGUUCCUCAGUUUAUCUAAUAACCAAAGUUUAAAUA